AUGCGUGCAAGUUCCAUUGAUAUUCCUCCAAAUGCAACAUGGUCACAGAAUGGUAUCACCGUUGCUGGAGGAAAUGGACGAGGCAGUGGAACCAAUCAAUUCUUGGUCCCAUGGGGUUUUUACGUCGAUGACAAUCUAACGAUUUAUGUCGCUGAUACUGAAAAUGCUCGCAUUGUUGAAUGGACAUUUGGUGCAACAAAUGGAAAAGUAGUUGCUGGUGGAAAUGGAGCAGGGAUUGGACUUCAUCAAUUACAAUACUCACAAGAUGUGAUUAUCGACAAAGAGAGGGAUAGUCUCAUCAUCAGUGAUAGAGGGAAUAGAAGAGUAGUUGGAUGGUCUCGUCGAAAUCGUACUCGUGGAGAAACAAUUAUUUCAAAUAUCGCUUGCGUGGGUUUGACAAUGGACGACAAUGGUUAUCUCUAUGUCGUUGACAUAGAAAAACAUGAAGUAAGACGAUAUAAAAUUGGUGACACUAAAGGAACAGUAGUCGCAGGUGGCAAUGGAAAAGGAAAUCGUCUCGAUCAACUCUCUUGUCCCCGCUGCGUAUUUGUCGAUCGAGAACAUUCAGUUUAUGUGUCUGAUUGGUUCAAUCAUCGUGUCAUGAAAUGGGAAGAAGGUGCAACACAAGGCACUAUCGUCGUCGGUGGUCAAGGAGAAGGAAAUAGUCUUACACAAUUGAAUGAUCCUUAUGGAGUCGUUGUCGAUCAAUUGGGUACUGUCUAUGUGGCUGAUUCUGUUAAUCAUCGAAUCAUGCGUUGGCCAAAAGGAGCCACACAGGGAAGUGUCAUUAUUGGUGGAAACGGCGAAGGAUCACAGUCGAAUCAACUCGCUUAUCCCACAGGUUUAUCAUUUGAUCGACAUGGUAAUCUCUAUGUCGUCGAUUUCGAAAAUCAUCGAGUACAAAAAUUUAAUAUCGCAUAA